GUGAAGUAUCGCAGGAGGUGUCAUGCUCACCAUGCCAGGCUGCCAGCUGCUCCGUCUGUGCGCCUCAGACCCGGAGAACAUCCGUUUCUCAUGUUCGUGUUCGGCGCCACAAUAAGCGCACGAUGCGGCUGCUCACCCUCACAACUUUCCUCCUGUUCUCCGUCAGCUCAGGGCUGGCUCUGCAGAUUCAGUGCUACCAGUGUGAGGAGAUGACACACGACUGCUCCACACCAGAGUUUAUUGUCAAUUGCACUGUGAAUGUACAAGACACGUGCCAAAAGGAGGUUCUGGUGAAGGAUGAUGGGAUCCACUACCGGAAAGCCUGUGCUUCAUCCGGAGCUUGUCUCAUUGCUUCUUCUGGCUACCAGCAGUUUUGUACAGGCAAGCUCAACUCAGUGUGUAUCACAUGCUGUAACACACCGCUGUGCAACGGCCCACGGCAGAAGAAAAGACCCCAGCCGUCUGCUGCCAUGACCCUGGCCCUCCCACAGCCGCUGAUGUUCUCCCUCUGCACCUUCAUUUUCCUCCUGUCUUCAUCACUGUGCUGACAGAAACAGAUGUGGGUUUGAAAAUGUUCCACCUCUGACAGUGAAGACAUGAACUGACACAGUAUAGAAAACACUCCUUAAUAUGUAGAUUCCUUGAACCAUUAAGAAGCUCUGUAUAGUCUUUGUUCUCUUUGGCUUAUGGCUUUUUUGUCACACCUUGCCUCCAAAUCAUAAGAUUAAAAAAGACUACACACCACUGGGAUCCAUCUUUUUUCCGCAUGUGUGGUAUUGCAAAUAUAGUUUUGUCAAAGACGCUGGUUAAGGUGAGGUGUGUUAUAGUGAUAAUGGACAGCCGAUAGGCCACUUUAAUUGGCUGAUGCUAGAACAGAUCUGCUUUAGGGACUUACCUACUGUGAUUGGUUGUUGUUUGCUGCUACAGUUAAAGGCGAAUGCUAAUGAAAAUAUUAAUCUUAUGUAUCCAGAGCUGUUGAAAGAGGGUUGCUCCCCAGCAAAUCAAAUGUUCUAUCCCAGAGGAAAGCAGUGUAAUUUUUUUUAUAGUUCAGUUUUAGCCACUAGCUUUUUGUCAAAUUAACUGUUCCAUGUCUAAGAUUUCAAGGGAUUUGGGAUGAUCUAGUUACAGAAAAGCAAUAAAAAUCAUUAGUGUAUAAUCCUCAUUGCCUUAAAAUGAGUCCUCUCUUUUGUACCUCCAUGUUUCGGCAACAGCUCAGACUGGACAUAGUUCCUUUUUCCCAUUUCAUAGAGUGGUGUUUAGUGUUAAGAUCACCUACCUAGUUUCUUUGUACAGUAGACUUAAUUAAUAUCCCCUUGACUGAAAAACAGACUGGACAGAGUAAACAUUGGUUCUUACAAGGGGCUUGCUUGUUAAAGUCAGUUUUUGCAUGUUUCACAUUUUUGCAGCCACUUUACAGACAUUUUGGACAGUUCCAAUCUGCAACUUCACCUUUAGAUGUCAGUAUAGAUUACACACUAAACAUUUAACAUUUUGACAUCCACGUGAAACACUGUUGUUUUGUCAAAGAUUCUAUGAUAUGUAAAGUUGAAAUACUUUAUCCAUUAUAAACUCUUUUUUGAUGUGAAAAUAUAAGAGUUUUGUUCUCCCAUCUUUCAGACUUUGCUGCCUUUCCAUUCAGUUAUUUGCUGUUUUUAUUUUGUUGGCUGGACAAAGCAGUGUUGAGAUAGUUACACUUUGAGCUUUGAAAGUAUUUUGUGAAUUUCUUCAAAACGCUUAGACAAAGGAAUCUACUUAAAUCAUUCAUGUGUUCAAUUUGGAUAACAGAAUCACAAUUAUCUUCAAUUGUGUGAAACUUAUUUAGGCUACCAGUCAGCAGCCAGAGAAGAAAACACUCAAUAAGCAUCUCAACCAAAUCCACCUCUGAAAUAUACAUCUACACUGCAUGGACAUUUAGCAAACAAUGAGUAACAGAUAUUUUAUAACCUAAAGAAGGUAAAGGCUUUGUGUGUAUUUUUGCACUGCUUUAUCAUAUUAGGUUUUUAACUGAGAUACAAACGCAUUAUAGUAGCAUUAUCAUAGAGCUGUAUUAGCACAUAUCCCAAAAGAGUAGUAUCUCAAGAACCAAUCACAGCUGAGCAGAGCAACUCUCGCUCCUUUCCAGCAUCAGUCAUUAUGUAAUUACUACUAUACAAGGUUUAAUGAGACAUAUGGAAGAAAAGAUGAGAUCAUAAUCAUCUGUCAUCUUCUACAAUAAACAGCUAUGAUUUUUUUUUUUAAUGUAAAUUUAUAUUUGUCCAUGAACCAGUCAAUGGAAGAUGCAAUAUACCUUUGAAAGAAUGUUAGUAUUUAAUGAACCCAUGGAUUGCCAGAAAAACAGUUUUGUCAGCUCUAGUUACACAUUCCCACAAAGUGAGAAAAACACCAGAUUUGAAUCCUGUCUGUCCCAUUACAGACACUGUCUUUCCCAUUACAGACACAAGUUGAAAUGUUGAACUUCUUUCAAAGGACUUGGCAGAUUUUUAUUGGAUUUUCUGAUGACUGACAGUAAACGCACGUGGUGGAGGUUUAGACCAUAGCACUACAAAGCUUUUCCUAUGAUUGAGCAUGAGAUGGUCUCCAUAAGAACGUAUACAUAUAUGGACGAGUUUGCAUGCAGAUGAUACAUGGACUCACACAACUCCACUGAUCAACAGGUGUUACCAUGUCAACAUGUGUGUGAUGUGCUACAGAAAAAGCACAGAAGGACAAUAAGCUAUUAAAUAUAAAUAUAAAGCAAAUAAAAUGAUGGACUGCAAAUCAGCCUUACAAAUGUUCCACAACACAGGAGAAGCAUUUUAUAAUACUGUAUAUUAGACAAUCUGUGCACAACACAGUUCUCCACUGCAUUCUGUAUUCUGUCCACUGCAUUCUGUAUUCUGUAUGUCUGUUCUUAGUAGUUUUUUGGCUUUCAGUGAAGGACAUCUUUUUCAUACUGUUUUCACACUCUUAAAAGAAGCAGUAGAAAAGCAUGAAAUCAGAGGUUGUUGCAUAUUGUAUAUUUUUUGUGCCUAGCCAGUUGUCCUUCUACCACCAACUGUCAACAAACUCACAGUCAGUUCACUUGCUGUACAUCGAAAUGAUUUUAUCCUGUACAGUUGAUACAUGUUUAGUCAAACAAUAAAAAAGAAAACAAGGACCAACACAUUUGGGGGAGACUCGUUGGUGUUGCUGCAGGUGAAAAACACCCCCUGGUGUAUUUAAUUUUAACUCACUCUGUGGGGUCAUAAGGCUUAUUUUAAUAUAUGAGCUUUUAUAGAAUGAUUUCCUAACCUGUACA